AUGCGCAUCUCGGCCGCCUUUUUGGCUGCGGCCCUCGCAGGCACAGCACAUGCGAUCCCAGCCUCUGCGCUCCUGCAUCGCGCCAGGCCAACCCUCCCGAGCAAGGACUCUUUUUAUUUUCCCACAGGCGACCUUUCCAACCACCAGCCGGGCGCGAUCCUGCAGCAACGCCCGCCGCCCGCCGCCGUCGCCGCGUUUGGCCUCGUGGCCGCCAAGCUCAACCGCACGCAGCAGUUGCUCUACCGCACAAGCGACGCGCAUGGGCGGCCCAUUGCCACCGUCGCCACGAUCCUCAUCCCUCACAAUGCCGAUCUGGGUAAGCUGCUGUCGUACCAGAUUGCUGUCGACGCGGCGUCGAUUGAUUGCGCGCCGUCGUACGCUUUGCAGCAAGGUUCGGAGCGCGGCCCCCUCGCUGGCACGCUGCUCUCGCAGGCCGAGUUCCUGCUGAUCGAGGCCGCGCUGGAGCAGGGGUGGGCGGUGGUAGUGCCCGACUUUCAGGGCCCGCAGUCAUCUUACCUCGCCAACACGCUGGCCGGGUACGCGACGCUCGACGGGAUCCGCGCUGCCCUGGCGUCAACGGCGACGACGGGCAUCCGGAGCGAUGCACGGGUGGCCAUGUGGGGGUACUCGGGCGGCAGCCUCGCGAGCCAGUGGGCGGCGGAGCUGCAGCCCUCGUACGCGCCGGAGCUGCAUGUCGCCGGCGCGGCGGUGGGCGGGACGGUGCCGGAUGUAGCGAGCGUUAUCAAAGCCAUCAACGGGCAGCCGCUGGCGGGCUUUAUCCCGACGGGCGUGCUGGGGCUCGUGUCGCAGUACCCUGAGGCGGCGCCGCUGGUGGACGAUGCGCUGAGACCAGAGGCAAAACAGCUGUUCUAUUCGCCGUUGAAGCAGUGUCUAGCAGCCAAUGCGGCUGGAUUCCUGUAUAAAGAUGUGCUGGGCAUGUUCAAAGACCGCGACUUUUUGUUGAAGAAUGAGGUGCUAGUGCGAAUUAGCCAGGAAAAUAACCUCGGCAAGACGACGCCAAAGAUUCCGCUGUUUUGGUACAAGUCCACCAUGGACGAGGUCAGUCCGGUGGGAGAUUCCGAUAGAUUAGUAGACAAGUACUGCGACGAGGGCGCGGAUGUCGAGUAUGUACGAGACGUCUUGUCAAAUCAUGGCAGCUACGCGGUGAUUGGCGCGCCGCUGGCAUUUUCGUGGUUGAAAAAGGUGAUGAAUGGCAAAGAUGGCGUGCCACGAAAGGGAUGCAGCAAGAAGACGCAGCUAUCGGGGGUGCUGGACAGGACGCAGUUUGAGGUGCUGCCCAAAUUAAUUGCUGAUGCGCUGCUAGAUCUGCUGGGUAAGGAUGUUGGUCCGAUUUAG